UUAAUGAAUUUAAAUUGUGAACUUUACUAUUAUUUAUAUAUAUAUAUAUAUAUAUAUAUAUUUAUUUUUAAAAUAAUUUAUUUUUUAUAUUUAUUAGUAUUAACGUAUUAUUAAACGUACCUUUAGCUUAGAGAUGACGUAAAAUACCCGUACGUAUUUUUUACGUAACUUUCCCGUACCGUAUUUUACUAACUAUGGACGGAUCCACAUCACGAAGGGAAACCCCUCUCAAAUCCGAAAAGUUAAUCUGCUAACUUGAAAAUUUGUUAGCAGAUACUAAUUGAUAUCCAAAAUAUAUAAACUAGUAUCCAAGUACUAAAAUAUCUAGAGAGCACAGACUAGUAUUCAAAGUUGCUAAAUGAUAUCCACCAUGAAUCAACUAUUAUCCCAAAUUCACAAACUAAUAUCUAGACAACACAGAAUAGUAGCCAUACAAAACAUAAUUAAUAUCCAGAUAACACAUAUGAGUAUCCGUAUUGAAUACUAGUUGGUUGAUUGUGGAUAUUAGUUGGUAUAUGUUAUCUGGAUACUAGUUUGUGAUGUUUUGAAUACUAAUUUGUGCUAUCUAGAUACUUUAGUAAAAUCAGAAGACUUGAAUACUAGUUUAUACAUUUUGAAUAUUAGUUAGUAUAUACUAACAACUUAUGCAGUCAGCAGAAUAACUAGGCUGCCCCAAAUUAUAAACAAAGUAUAACCCCAAAAUUCAUUGGCGAGCUAGAAAUAUAAUUUAGUGGGGUCCAAACUUAAUAACAUGUGAUGUUUGUCUCAAUGGUAAAAUUACCAUCUUAUGAAGAUGAACCCCACAUUUUCUCACCUAGCUCUGCCAAUGCCAAAAUUACAUCCUUCUUUUCUUUUCUCCUAAUCUUUGUCCAGCGAAGACAUAGACAUCGUUCAAACACCACAAAAUAAUUACAUUUGAAGAUCAAAAUUUACUGCAUUAAUAGGAUACAAUGCAAACAUCAUUGUUGAAUCUCGUCCAAUGUUGAACUUGAAGCGCACCCACCCGACAACAACGAGAUUUAAACUUAGGAGUCGUUUGGUUUUGGUGAUAGUUUGGUUGAAAUAGUUACAAUGCAUGAAAUGUUCAUAAUGCAUUUUUUUUUUAAUUUUGUGCACAAACAAUACAUGCAUUGUUUGCUUGAUGUGACAUAAACUAUCACUCAAAACGAGUGAUAGUUAAAUCUCAAGUUUUCGGUGAGAUUAUUGUGUUUUUUUUCUUUUUCCAACUAUGUCCCUACUUUUUUUAAAGUGUGUUGCUUUUUUAUAUUAGAAACAAAGGGUAAAGUAAUAUAAUUUGUUUAAAUACUACAAUAACUAUCACAAGAACCAAACGAUGUAAACUACAAUACACCAAAUUUGUUAUAUACAUGCAUAUUAUUCUUAAAAGAAUUGGAGUUUUACUGCGAUGUUAAGAAAAUCAGGAUGGGUUGAUUUUGAUGAUAGUUGAAUUGAUGUAUUGUUGCAAAACCCAAAUUCUGGUAAAAAUAAUAGGAAGAAGAUCCGUCUCAAAUUUGAUAAUUAAAACUUCAAUUAAUUAAAUUCAAAUCUACUUCCCCACCCCUUCUUUCUCCAAACAGUAAAACGGUAAAAAAAAAAAAAAAAAGUGGCGAGAAGAAGAGAAGAAAGAAAAGUAAAACUAAUUCCCUCCUUUUUAUACUCCGCCGCUCCUCCUUCCCUCCAAACCGCUUCCCCUCUCUCUCUCUCUCUCUCUCUCUCUCUCUCCCACGAAAAAAUGAUGGGAGGACCGGAAUACUACGACCCCCGACGCCACCACCACAAUCCCCCCGCCGCCGUCGGCGGCGGCGGCGGACCGCCACACGGGAUCAUCCUCGCGGUGGUGGUCUGCAUCGUGGUCCUCGCCCCGUUCGUCUUCGGCGACCAAGGGGAAGCGAUCACCGAUGGCAUCGCCGAGCUCCUCAGCCCGCUCGGCCUCCUCCUCCUCCCGAUCGUCCUCCUGCUCGCAAUCCAGUUCCUCUCCUCCCAGCGCGGAUCCUUCGUCGCCGCGGUCUUCUCCGCCGGUGGCGGCGAGCCGGAGAGCUUCCACCGCGUCAGCGGGUCCCCCGUCGGCGUCGCGCUCUUCCUCUUCCUCGUAUUGUUCCUGCUCUACUACCGCGUCUCCAUAUUCGGCGGCGGCGAUGACUCCGGCGAUUGAGGUGGGGGCUUUUUUUCGAUUGAGGUGCGCGGUGGGGCCCGCUGGAUCUGAAGCUCGAUUGGUCCUUUUCUCUUUUUUCUAGUCAGGGGUUAGCUUUUUGGUUUAUUUUUAUUUAUUUACUUUUUGGAUCGCUGCUUUGAUUUUUGUUUGUUCAUUUGGAGCUUUCCUUUUGGAAGGAUCGUGGAGUAGAUACUGCUGGUGAGUUUGUUUGAACGUGGACUCGACGACUCGUGGUUGGGGAGGGGCAAAACUGUAAAAUGCCGUGGUUUUAUCAUUUAUGGUAGUUUUUUUUUGGUGAUUGCAUAAUUUAAUUUUCGACAUUAAUGAACAUAGUUAAAUUUA